AUGCGCUCUAUUCCUCCACUUGCUCACUUCACAAAAGCAUGCUCUCUCCCUCUAGCCCAUCAUCGCGCCAACCUGCCCACCCAUGCCCCUCCAUCCGAAUAUCCAUCCAUCUAUCGAGGAACUCAUCCAUCUUUCCACCAUCAUAACGCCAUCCAUCCAUCCAGUGAUCCACCCAGCCAGCCAUCUCUCCUGCCCGGCCAUCCAAUCAUCCGACUAGUUGCCAAGUCAACCAAUCAUCCAUCAAUUCAUCCGGCUAACCAUCCAGCCUCCCAUUCAGUCCGUCUGAUUGCUAGUCUCCCAGACUGGCUUCCAACCCUCCAUCCAGACCGGUAUCUCGCGCGGCUCCUUGAUCAUCGAUGUCUGUCAGUUUGGCCGACCAUUUUCGGCCAACCAAACCUGGCCUCACCCCAAAACCCAUAA